AUGGUUGCUGAGAAGAUUGACGGAACGUUGGUCGCGAAGAGGAUCAGGGAGAGAAUUAACCAGGAGAUUAAGAAAAAGCAGGAAACCUCAAGCAGGUUCAAGCCUAGUUUGACGAUUGUUCAAGUGGGCGAUAGAUCCGACUCUAGCACCUAUGUUCGCAUGAAGCUGAAGGCCGCUGAAGAAGCCAAUAUCACCUGUGACCUCAUCAAGCUUGAUGCCGAGAUUACUGAGGCUCAAUUGCUUGAGAAGAUCGAGCAGCUCAACAAUGACCCUUCAAUUCACGGUAUCCUCGUUCAGCUGCCUGUUCCUAAGCACAUUUCAGAGCCGGCUGUGACUGCUGCCGUUUCCCCAGCAAAGGAUGUAGAUGGUUUCGGAGCGAUCAACAUCGGUGAACUUGCUAAGCGUGGUGGAAACCCUCCUUUCGUCCCAUGUACCCCCCAGGGUGUCAUGGUUCUUCUCAAGGAGUACGGCGUUGACAUUUCCGGGAAACACGCCGUUGUUCUUGGACGUAGUGACAUUGUCGGAUCCCCCGUUUCAUACCUCUUGAAGAACGCUGAUGCUACGGUCACCGUUUGUCACUCGCGCACCAAGAAUAUUCAGGAUUUUGUCAAGCAGGCUGAUAUCCUUAUUGCUGCCAUUGGUCAACCUCAAUUCGUCAAGGGCGACUGGCUAAAACCGGGCGUCGUUGUUAUCGAUGUUGGUACCAACUAUAUCAAGGAUGCGACCCGCAAGUCUGGUGAACGUCUCGUCGGAGAUGUCGACUAUGAGUCUGCAAAGGAAGUUGCAUCCAAGAUCACCCCUGUCCCUGGCGGUGUUGGGCCAAUGACCGUUGCCAUGCUUUUGCAGAACGUCAUCACUUCCGCGAACCGUUUCUACGCAGAAAACUCUGCCAGGAAGACUACACCAUUGCCAUUGAAGCUUCUCAGCCCCGUCCCUAGCGAUAUUGCUGUAUCCAGGGCCCAGGUGCCAAAAAACAUCAAAAUCAUUGCACACGAGCUCGGAAUCUCCGACCAGGAGCUUGAACUAUUCGGCGCUUACAAGGCCAAGGUCAACUUGGAUCUUCUUCAACGAUUGGGUCACCGUAGGAAUGGAAAGUACAUUCUCGUUGCCGGUAUUACUCCUACUCCCCUUGGGGAAGGCAAGUCUACUACCACCAUGGGGUUGACCCAGGCUCUCGGUGCUCACUUGGGAAAGAUUGCUUUCGCCAACGUCAGACAGCCCAGUCAAGGACCUACCUUUGGUAUCAAGGGUGGUGCUGCUGGUGGAGGAUACUCCCAGGUCAUUCCUAUGGACGAGUUCAACAUGCACUUGACUGGUGAUAUUCACGCCAUCACCGCUGCAAACAACUUGCUUGCUGCUGCUAUUGAGACCAGGAUGUUCCACGAGAACAGCCAGAAGGACAAGGCUUUGUUCAACCGUCUCGUUCCCAAGAAGAGCGGAGUCCGCACAUUUGCCCCCGUCAUGUUCCGUCGUCUUAAGAAGCUUGGAAUUGACAAGACCAACCCGGACGACUUGACCCCCGAGGAAAUCACCAAGUUCGCAAGACUCGAUAUUGACCCAGAAACAAUCACAUGGCGCAGAGUCUUGGAUGUCAACGAUCGCCAUUUGCGGCAAGUUACCAUUGGCCAGGCACCAUCGGAGAAGGGACACACUCGUGUUACUGGAUUCGAUAUCUCAGUUGCUUCCGAGUGUAUGGCCGUUUUGGCCCUAUCGAACGACUUGCCGGACAUGCGUGAACGUCUUGGACGCAUGGUUAUUGGAACAAGCAGGUCUGGAGAUCCAGUCACUUGCGACGAUAUUGGUGCUGGUGGAGCCUUGACUGCACUCAUGAAGGAUGCCAUCAAGCCUAACCUUAUGCAAACUCUUGAGGGAACCCCAGUCUUUGUCCACGCUGGUCCUUUCGCCAACAUCUCUAUCGGUGCUUCCUCCGUUAUUGCCGACAGACUUGCUCUCAAGCUUGCCGGUACCGAAGAGGAUGAGGUUCACGAGGAUAAGGUUGGUUACGUCGUCACAGAGGCUGGCUUCGACUUCACCAUGGGUGGAGAGCGCUUCUUCAACAUCAAGUGCAGGUCCAGUGGUCUCACCCCAGAUGUUGUUGUUAUUGUUGCUACUGUCCGUGCUCUUAAGGUUCACGGUGGAGGACCUGAAGUCACUGCUGGCGCACCCCUUCCUGAAGAAUAUCGCACUGAGAACGUCGAGUUGCUCCGCAAGGGCUGUGUCAACUUGGCUAAGCACAUCGCCAACGCCAAAUACUACGGCAUUCCCGUCGUCGUUGCCAUCAACAAGUUCCACACGGACACUGAUGCAGAAAUCCAGUGCAUUCGUGAGGAGGCUAUCAAGGCUGGCGCUGAAGAUGCUGUCCCAGCUAACCACUGGGCCGAGGGUGGAAAGGGAGCUGUUGACUUGGCCAAGGCGGUUAUUGAAUCCUCCUCCAAGCCCAAGAACUUUAGACUCUUGUACAACACCGAGAUGUCCAUCGUUGAGAAGAUGGAGGCUAUUGCCAAAGAGAUGUAUGGUGGAAACGGUGUCGAGCUUAGCGAGCUUGCAAAGCAGCAGUGCGAGACCUACACCAGACAGGGCUUUGGACACUUGCCCGUUUGCAUUGCCAAGACCCAAUACUCGCUUUCUCACGACCCACUUCUGAAGGGUGCGCCCACUGGCUUUACCGUGCCAAUUCGCGACGUGCGUUUGUCGCCGGGUGCGGGUUAUCUGUAUGCGAAGGCAGCGGAUAUCCAGACCAUUCCUGGUCUGCCAACCGCUCCGGGAUAUCUCAAUGUCGAUGUUAAUGCGGAGACUGGUGAGAUUGAGGGAUUGUUUUAG